AUGUCCACAAUCGGAAAAGAAGAUAUCUACGAAUCAGAUGGAGCUUCAAGCCAAGUGCAGAACACCCAACCUGAAAAUGAUUCACCAAAUCAUCCUGAUAUUGAACUGGUUUCAGUCGACAUUGACGAGGCGUUGAAAAAGUACAAGAACAGAGUUCUCAACCUGACAUCAAUUGAUUACUCCGAUUCGAUCGCCAAAAAGCGUCGCCACGCAUUCGGUAAUAAUCAAUAUGUUUUGGAAGUAGCUGGAGCUGGAUUCGCUGGAACCGAGACGGCAGCCGAAAAACUGAACCGUAUUUUGUAUGAGAUUGCUGACUUGAACGAACAACUUAGAACUGACGAGAAUGUCAAAACAGAUCUUCUAAAUGCUGAAGUUCUUGAGAAUCUGGAAAAGGAAGUGAAGACCUUGCAAGGGGUUCAGGCGAACGGAAAGCCAGCUCGUGUAGAACAUGAGGUCGAACUUCCAAAAGUUCGAUCGGAUUCGAAGGUUGCUACUUUGGAAAACCGAUUGAGAAGAAUCGAACAAGUGAUUGGAAGUUCUGUAAUUCCAUCUGCUCCUGUUCUGGAUACUAUUGAAGAUCUCAAGUUGAGGUGUGAAACUCUCAAUCAAUCUUACGUCUCCGGGCUUGAACAACGUCUGAAUGUGAUGCUGACAAAGCUGGAAAAGAUCGACGAGACUCGUGCCAACAAUGAUAUCGAUGAAAACCUUGACAAGAAAGUCGAUGAGAUUUUGGAGUUAAUGCAGAAAUGGGAUGUAGCAUGUUCCUCUCUCCCAAGCAAUGUGAAUAAGGUCAAGGCAUUGAAUCGACUUCAUGAACAAGCACAACAUUUCGCCGGCGGUCUAUCUCACUUGAAGACAAUUAGAGAAAAACUUGAGAAGGAGGUGGCACAAGGAAGAGAAGCUAUCAUUGAAUAUGAGACAAACGGAAAACAAGAAAUUGGAUCUGUCGUUGAAAAGCUGAAAAUUCUCGAAGCAAAGGUGGCAGAGUUGAAGUAA